AUGGAGACCGACAUUUCCAAGCUGCAAGCCGGCAGCCUCUUCGCUGUGACUGAUCUUAAUAUCGUCAUCACGGGCGGCGGCAGUGGGCUCGGGGCGAUGAUGGCACGGGCUCUGGCUCUCAAUGGUGCCGCUAAUGUUUUCAUCCUCGGUCGACGGUUGGAAUCUCUUGAAUCGGUUGCUGCAUCUGUGCCGACACAAAACAUACACCCCAUGGCAUGCGAUGUCACCUCUAAGGAGAGCCUCCGCUUAUGUGUCGAGCAAGUCAGGUCGAAAAGCCUAGUGCUUGACGUCCUCAUCUGCAACCAUGGUGUCAUGGCUCCUGGAACACCGGUCACCGACGAGAAAGGCCAAAAUCUGCCCCUGGAGCAAUUUGCCGAGAAUCUCUGGGCACCAGAUUUCGAGGCAGUCAAUCACACAUUCGCCGUCAAUGUCACGGCCGUCCACUUCACCAUUGCGGCGUUCCUUCCUCUGCUACACGCCCGUAAUCAAACCAGACCUUUACCGGCGACUUCAGACAACUUCAAGCCUCGGCCGCAGAUCAUUGCUACGGCCUCCACCGGGGGUUAUAGUCGCAAAUUCCUGUUUGACAUGAUUUAUUCCCCGUCCAAGGCGGGCCUCAUCCAUAUGAUGAAGAUGCUGGCCACGGUGCUGGUCGAGUACGAUAUUCGCGCCAACACGAUCGUGCCAGGAUACUACUACACCGAGAUGACGCACGACCUUUACACGCAGGAGGGUCGAGCAGGCCACCACAACGUCGAAGGCACGUGGGAGAAGAGUCGAGUGCCGGCUACGAGGACGGGGGACGAGCUUGACAUGGCUGGUGCGGUGCUCUGGCUGUGUAGCCGGGCGGGGGCCUACAUCAACGGCAUGUCGUUGGUCACGGAUGGUGGAAGACUGAGCGUACUACCGAGUACUUAUUGA